CGAAGUUAUCCAGAAUGUCGGAGCGGUUCUACGUGGUCAAGCGCGAUGGCACGCACGAGACGGUCAAGUACGACAAGAUCACUGCGCGGAUUGCCAACCUCUGCGAUGGGCUCAACAUGGACUACAUCAUUCCGGAGCAGAUCACCCAAAAGGUGGCCGAGGGCGUGUUCCCGGGCGUGACGACGGCGCAGCUUGAUGAGCUCGCGGCGGAGACGUGCGCGUACAACACGACGCGGCACCCGGACUUUGCCAUUCUUGCUGCCCGCAUUGCGGUGUCGAACCUACACAAGACGACGAUGGACAAGUUCUCGGACGUCAUUGCCCACCUUCACGGCUACGUGCACCCGAUCACCAAGCGGCCGUGCCCGCUCAUCUCGGACGAGGUUGCGGAGAUUGUGGCGGCCAACGCCGAGACGCUCGACGCGGCAGUCAGGUACGAGCGGUCGUUUGAGUACGACUUUUUCGGGUUCAAGACGCUCGAGCGGUCGUACCUGCUCAAGACCAACGACAAGAUUGCCGAGCGGCCGCAGCACAUGCUGAUGCGCGUUGCUGUCGGCAUCCAUAAGGAUGACAUCGAGGCUGCGCUGGAGACGUACGACCUGCUCUCGCAAAAGUACAUGAUCCACGCCUCGCCGACCCUCUUCAACGCCGGCACGCCCAAGCCGCAGUGCUCGUCGUGCUUCCUCGUCGAGAUGAAGGCCGACUCGAUCACGGGCAUCUACGACACGCUCAAGACCUGUGCGCUCAUCUCCAAGUCUGCGGGCGGCAUCGGCCUCUCGAUCCACAACAUCCGUGCGACCGGGACGUACAUUGCCGGCACCAACGGGACGUCGAACGGCAUUGUUCCCAUGCUCCGGGUCUUCAACGACACGGCGCGGUACGUCGACCAGGGCGGUGGCCGUCGCAAGGGUGCCUUUGCCGUCUACCUCGAGCCGUGGCAUGCCGAUGUCUUUGAUUUCCUUGCCCUCAAGCUCAACCACGGCGCCGAGGAGCAGCGCGCGCGCGACCUGUUCUACGCCCUCUGGGUUCCGGACCUCUUCAUGGAGCGGGUCAAGUCUGGCGGCGUGUGGUCGCUGAUGUGCCCGCACCUCUGCCCGGGCCUCUCGGACGUCUACGGUGACGAAUUCAAGGCCCUGUACGAGCAGUACGAGGCCGAGGGCCGCUUCACCCAGCAGGUCCCUGCCCAGAAGCUCUGGUUUGCCAUUCUCGAGACGCAGGUCGAGACCGGCUCGCCGUACAUCCUGUACAAGGACUCGAUCAACGCCAAGUCGAACCAGGUCCACUCGGGCCGGGUCAUCCGCUCCUCUAACCUCUGUACCGAGAUCAUGCAGGUGACGUCGGCAGACGAGGUCGCCGUCUGCAACCUCGCCUCGAUUGCGCUCAACAAGUUUGUCGACACGGCCACUGGCUCGUACGACUUUGACAAGCUCGCGUCAGUCGUCAAGGUCGCCACCCGCAACCUCAACAAGAUCAUCGACCUCAACUACUAUCCCGUGCCCGAGGCUCGCAACUCGAACUUCCGCCACCGGCCCAUCGGCCUCGGCGUCCAGGGCCUUGCCGAUACCUUUGCCCUCAUGCGCUUCCCCUUUGACUCGCCCGAGGCCGCCGCUCUCAACCGCGACAUCUUUGAGACCAUCUACUACGCCGCCUGCGAGGCCUCGGCCGAGCUCGCCGAGAAGAACGGCGCGUACGAGACCUUUGAGGGCUCACCGGCCUCCAAGGGACUCCUCCAGUUUGAUCUGUGGGACGCAGAGGUGACCGACGAGCGCUACAACUGGACCGCCCUCAAGGCCCGCAUCCAGGCCACCGGCCUCCGCAACUCGCUCCUUGUCGCGCCCAUGCCCACGGCCUCGACCUCGCAGAUUCUUGGCAACACCGAGUGCUUUGAGCCGAUCUCGUCGAACAUGUACAUGCGCCGCACGCUCUCGGGUGAGUUUAUGGUCGUCAACAAGUACCUCCUGCGCGAGCUCGUCGAGCGCGGCAUCUGGUCCGACGACGUCAAGAACCUGCUCAUCGCCCACGGCGGUUCGGUCCAGAACAUCGACGCCAUCCCCGACGACGUCAAGGCCCUCUACAAGACCGUGUGGGAGAUCAAGCAGCGCGCGCUCGUCGACCUCGCCGCCGGCCGCGGGCCGUUCAUCGACCAGUCGCAGUCGUUCUCUGCCUUCCUUGCCCAGCCUUCGUUCGGCAAGCUCUCCUCGAUGCACUUUUACACCUGGGAGAAGGGCCUCAAGACCGGCAUGUACUACCUUCGCACCAAGGGUGCCGCCGACGCCAUCCAGUUUACCGUCGACAAGACCAAGGUCGCCGAAAUGUCCAAGGCCCAGAUCGAGGAGGUUGUCGAGCAGCGCAAGGCUGAGAUGGUCUGCUCCAUCGACAACCGCGACGACUGCGUCAUGUGCGGCUCGUAACCGAUCACAUCAUCUCCGUUCCAACAUCUCUUCCCUUCCCCCCCCUCUCUCUCUCUCACUCACACACACACAGUUAAAUGACUGCUCUGUCCA